AUGGGAGAGUUAUCUUCGCUUAACUAUCAACUUAUCACUCGUAUCUACCCUAUCAGGUAAGGAUUAAUCAACUAAUUAAUAUACACCUUAACAAAAAGUUUUUCUUUAAUUUAUGGUGCUAUAAUUCAGUACUAUAUUAUAUGUGCUGUGUAGUACUAUACUAUGUGUAUAUAAUACUAAACUAUAUAGUACGUGUAAUCUCAAAUAGACUUUGUACUAUUAUAAAUAAAAUUUGGUUUCAGGAAAUAUGUGUUGUUUGCCUCAAUUGCCUUUAUUAUCUUGUCAUUCUUAAUAAUCUUGGAAAGUGCAUUCAUAUUGACAUCAAACAGCAAUAUCAGGUAAGUCACAAUAUUUUUCAUUUUUUCUAUGGCAACUUACCUAAACUACUACAGUACCCUACCCUAACCUAUCCUAUCCUACCCUACCCUACCCUACCCUACCCUACCCUACCCUACCCUACCCUACCCUACCCUACCCUACCCUACCCUACCCUACCCUACCCUACCCUACCUUACCCUACCCUACCCUACCCUACCCUAAAACUUACCUAAGUCCCACCCUAUACUUAUCAUAUUCCUACUCGUAGUAAAGCCGUAGCCUACUCAUAGGCAACCUUAUACCCUAGCCUUAUCAUACCUUACUUUAACAUUACUCUAGCCUUACUCUGGUUUUAUUAUAUCAAUAGCCUAUCCCUGGCAACAGUCUACCCUAGCCCCGUUUACCUCCUACUCUACCCAUCCUGACUUACCUUACUCAAUUUUUCAACGCCUAAUCUACCCCACCCAAAAAAGUAACGCAAUUUCAAUUUUUCCAUUUUCAGCAGCCCAAUUUUGGUGAUAUUCUCCUACCUAUUAGCAUGGCUCUUAAUUCUGUUCGGUGUGGUUGGCCUAAAAUAUGGAUGCAUGUCCGCCUCAAUAGUCAGUUCAGCACCAGGAGUUCAAAUCGAACGUCCUGGUUCAGCACCAAUUUGGAUAUCAGGAACGUUAGGUCAACCACAAGAAGAAACGAAUCUACCGGGAUCAGUACCUGCCAAUCUGAGUGCGUUCCAAGCCCCACCGCCACGAUAUUCGUCGCUGGGGAUGCCUGCGGAACCACCAUGCCGCUCCAAAAGUUUUCGACUGCCCCACAGUGCCAGAGACAUUCGAAGUCCACCGCCGGCUUAUCCUCGGCAUUCUAUUGUGUAG